UAGGACUCUUCUUCAUUGCCUGCCCCAGACGCUCCCAUGGACCCUAUAGAAUCCUACAUCCUGCUGGACCGAUCACCUCAUGGAUCUAGGUGAGGCUGUGACUUAAGCCAGACUGCAGUGACCAGCCCUGGUGUAAACAGUUGUGCACAGAGAAGCACCUCAGAGUGGAAGGACUUCAGACAUGGGCAUCCCAUGCCUCAGAUGUCACCAGAGGUACUGGUCUAGGCUCUGGUGCUCCUAGGAGGCAAGAACCAGAUUCUGCUCCAUUUCCUCUCCUCUCUGGGUGGGUCUCUGGCAUCUGUGGCCCAUGAGGGAUCUGUCCAAUCUGUGUGGAGGAAAUGAGCUCUGAGUACAUGUGGGUCUGAGUUUCCUCUUCUGUGCAGGGUUGAGGUUUCCUGCUCCUCCCCAGCUUCCCAUUUGGCCCUGCAGCCCUUCCUCUUCCUCUUCUCUUCUCACACAGGGAGCCCAGGAGAUCUCUACCUCAAAGAUGUCACUGCUGCUGCUGCUGCCCCUGCUGUGGGCAGGGGCCCUGGCUAAGGAUUCAGGAUUCUGGCUGAAAGUGCAAGACUCAGUGACAGUGCAGGAGGGUUUGUGCGUCCUCGUGCCCUGCACUUUCUCCCUCCCACCCCACUACCUCAGGAAUAACCCAGUUCAUGGUUACUGGUUCCGGAAAGGAGCCACUGUAUCCCUGGACUCUCCAGUGGCCACAAACAACCCAGAUCGAGAAGUACAGGAGGAGACCCAGGGCCGAUUCCGCCUUCUCGGGGAUCCCAGGAAGAACAACUGCUCCCUACGCAUUGUAGAUGCCAGGAGGAGGGACAAUGGUUCAUACUUCUUUCGGAUAGAGAUGGGAAGUACCAAAUACAGUUACACAUCCACCCAGCUCUCUGUGCAUAUGACAGACUUGGCCCACAGACCCAAUAUCCUCAUCCCUGGAGCUCUAGACCCUGGCCACUCCAAAAACCUGACUUGCUCUGUGCCCUGGGCCUGUGACCAGGGAACACCCCCCAUCUUCUCCUGGAUGUCAGCUGCCCCCACCUCCCUGGGCCCCAGGACUACCCACUCCUCGGUGCUCAUCAUCACCCCACGGCCCCAGGACCAUGGCACCAACCUCAUUUGUCAGGUGAAGUUCCCUGGAGCUGCUGUGACCACAGAGAGAACCAUCCAGUUGAAUGUCACCUGGGAACAAGAGACCAGAGCAGGAGUGGUUCAGGGGGCCAUCGGGGGAGCUGGUGUCACAGCCCUGCUCAUUCUUUGUCUCUGCCUCAUCUUCUUCGUAGUGAAGAUCCACAGGAGGAAAGCAGCCAGGACAGCAUUGGGCAAAAAUGACACCUACCCUGCCAGAGGGCCAGCCUCCCUGGAACACCAGAGGAAAUCCAAGUUACAUGGCCCCACUGAAACCUCAAGCUGUUCAGUGGCCGCCCCUACUGUGGGGAUGGACGAGGAGCUGCAUUAUGCUUCCUUCAGCUUUCAUGGGACGAAUCCUUCCAAGGACACUUCCACUGAAUACUCAGAGCGCAGCUAUAAAUCCUGCAAAUGGUCCAAGAGACACCAAAAGAGAACUCUGAUUAGGGGUAAGAAGAAGGUGACUACUUUCGGACCCCAGGACUGGAGGAACAACACAGAGGCCAGGUGUCUUGCAUCUCCCCUCAUCUGAGAAAGGAUACCCUGACCCACCAUUUCCCAGCCCCUAAUCCAGCAGCAGAAGGCAGGUAGGUGAGCUCCUUAGGUUCACCCUCUUCUGGGUGAAAGGGGAGUCCCUCAACAUCAGGCGAGUCCCACAUCACCAGAAAAGGGGAUCAGUUUGAGCCAAAAAUAAGUGGCCAUGAAGUGCUAUCCUUCCCCAUUAGGCCUAAGACUCUCCUCUUCUACUCAGUGACACUGGGACUGGUGGGCAGAACUGGAGAAAAUGAUCGAAUCAGAAAGUCUAAUUUUCUCCUUUAUCAAAUGUGAAGUCUACCCCUUCACCUCCAGAGCUGUGUGUGUGUGUGUGUGUGUGUGUGUGCGCGCGCGCGCGCGCGCACAUGCGUGUCUGGUAUGAAGCAAGAUAUUUAAAGAAACAGUGAAGAGAUCAGUAGACAGAGGGGUUUAGCAAGCACAUCCUCCUUCCCUGUGGCUAAGCCAGGAGAGGCAGAUAGACAGACAUUGUUCUUAGGAGGGACAUUGUCAGGAAAUAGGAGUAGGAAAAGGAGCCAGAGAGGUGAGCCCAGCACCAUCCACUCCUGAUUGUCUGCCCCACCCCAGACCCCAUCCAUCCCACUAAAGCAGGUCUGGAUGCUUCCCACCCCUUUGCCUUCCUGGGCUAGGACUAAGACCCCAACCUCUGGGGUCAAGCCCUUCUGCAGAGUUGGGAAGUAUCUGAGUUCAAAUUGUCACAGACAGUGACAGCUCCCCUGCCUGGGUCUUCUCAGAGGCCAGAGUGUCUUCUGGUGGGUAGAGGUAUGGGGCAGAACCUUGAUCAGACUCCAGUGCAGAGGUAGCAGGAGCCCAGGGAAGGGUCUGGUGACAUCCUAGGUUGAUGCAGCUGGUGAGGGGUGUUUGAGACCCUCUAGGGUGUGCUUUCAUCCUCAGACUUGGGCUUCUCACUCCAUAUGGGCAUUAACUAGAGAUUGGUACAACUCUGGGACUAGGAUGGGAUACAUGGGUAUUCCCAGUACUUAAAUGGGAAUAACAAAGCUGGUUUCUGGGAAUCUUUGGUGAGAAAGUAUUAAUCAUUCACAGAAAAUCCUCUCGGCAUUUUACAGCUAUUACAAGACCUUGAGAGAAAUAAGAUUCCUUUUUAAUAUUGUAGAUGUCCUCUCACUCGGCCUCAGUAACUUCCUGGAUGCUAUUUUUCUUUAUCCAACUGGGUUGAUUGUCACUUUUUCAAUCUGGGACAGUAUUUUCCUUUUCCUACAGUUUCUUUCUUGCCCAGGCUACACUGAGCCCCAGAGUCAUGAAGAGGCAGGAAGCUUGGGCUCUGCUGGUAGAGCUCUGAGACCUAUAAACAGGAACUUCAUGCCCUUCUAACAUACCUAUGUGCCUUGUUUUCUGGUCCCCACUCUGCUCACGAGUGCCUACACUGGGGCUGGCUCUCUCCUCACCUAUGGCCUCUCAUGAUCUAUUGCACCAGUUCAUCAGGCCCUUCCCCAUAAUAACUCCUUAUCUGAAUCCCCCAAACCCCAGAAUGCAGCUCACUAGCUGGUCAUCCCCAGAGCCAGCCUUUUCAGGCCUCUGACAUCACUACUGGUCUUACUAGCAAGGUUAGAGGCCACUAGAGAACGAGGGAUGGGUUCCUUUCUCCCUCAGGACGAAGAUGAUCGUGGACAUCGGAGCCUGAAGGGAAGGGCCAAACAUGAGGACACUAUGGUCGCUGAUUCCCAAACACUCUUCCCUCCUAACUCACAGGAAAGAUACAUGGACAAUAUGGGACAAUUCUAUUCUUCAGUGUGUUGUCUAUGAACUUUAUCCCUGAGCAAGUUGUAUUUGACCAUGCACGCAUAGACACACACACCAUAGGUUGCCCCUAAAGUUACACAGACACACAUGCACAAUUCAGACAUGCACACACAGAGACCACACACAGAGAUACACAAAUACACACAUGCUCAAACGCAGAGACCACAGACACAUACACUGACACCUCAGAUAUGUAUGUACACAUACACACACCAGAUACAGAAACGCAUACCUUAUACAUAAAUACAGAGACCACGACCAGACAUAAACAUACCCAGACACACAUACACAACUCAGAUAUGCACCCAAAGAACACUGACACACAUAUAAAUACACAUAUAUAGAUACAGACACAUACAAAUUCAAUUACACACAACUCAGAUGUACACACACUUCUAACACACAUAUAGGCUGCAGGUACACACACACACACACAGACACACAUACACCAUAGAUACCAAGGACACUCAUGCAUUCACACUACAGACACACAAAAUGGGACAUCAGCCAUCCAGGGUCCUGGAAUGGCUCCUCCCAUGGGACUUUGCCUUUGGGAAGACUGGAGCUGUGGUUCUCAGGCCAACAACAUCCAAUGUCCCAGCAAGAGAGAAAGAACAGGAAUGCCCAUGAUGCUUGGCAACCACUUUCUGCCAUUUGAGUGGUCUUUUAUUUCUCAAUACCCAGCUCCCCUGCCCACUGAUGUCACAAUGCACUUGUCCCUACUGCCCAGGGCCCAGCAGAAGUCCCUGGCCUCAUAACCCUGGGUGAUGGCCCAUGCCUGGAGCAGCAGUUGCAUCCACACUCAAACUACUGCAGAAUGGACAAAACCGUUGAGCUUUCUCGGGAAGGUGGGAACAUCUCUGGGUCUCAGGAAAGACAGACAUGAAACCAAAUCAGGUGAAAAGGGAAGUGAGCUCACCUGAGAGGAUGAGGGGGUAGAAGAGCCGGGGGGAAAGACAAGUAGACUUUGAGGUUACAGGAUAGCACAGGAGGCCCACGUGCACCCCUAAGUAGCUUCUGCCCCUAAAGUUCCUUCCCUUGGUCCUGCUCUGAGAAUCCCAUAGAGAUGUGAGUGGACUCACAGGAAAUACUGGGAGUCCCUUGGGAGUGUCUGGAAAGUCCUUCCCUGCACCCGUCUCAGCCCCCAUGAAACAUCGCUUUGCAUCUUCCAGCUCCUCCUGCCCAGAAUCCGGGCUGCUGGAGGAAGCUCCCAGGGGCGGGGGUAGGGGGGGGGGGGGGGUCUUCCUGGGGACUUGUAUGCUGAUGAGGGGACCUGGCGAGAGGGAACAAGAGUCCCUUGCGUGGACAUCAGAGAGUUCUGUUGGCUGUAGAGCCAUCUGGUGACUCAGACACCACCCCCUUCCCAAAAGGGACGGAGGGAGAGGGGGACGAAGAGAGAGAGGAGCAGGAGACACAGGGAAGAGGUUCAAACCCGGAUUUCCUUAGACCCCGCAGCAGAGAGGAUGAAGGACAUGUCUGAGGCCAAAGAGGCCAAGUCAGUGAUUGGGUCAUGGAUGACUGACAUACAGACUGGGUCUUCAGGGAACCCAGUGACUCACAGCGUGAACCCGACUAGCUGGUCUAGACAGGAGGUGACAUGUGACUAACGACUGGGUGCCUUACAGGGGACCGAGCUCCUCAGAGGCCGACUGGCGCGAGCUUAGCUAACUGCGGGCCGGGGCAGGCCGUGGGGGCGGUUACCUGAUUGUCUGAGGUGAUGACCGCUCGGGCUGGGCAGGUGAUCGGCGUGGUGGAGGCUUCCGGUGACUCUGAAGUUCCGCGUUCUCGCCUCAGGACUGAUCCAGAAUUGGCUUUGGACCCCGCAAGGGGCUCGGGGGCCUCGCAGGCCUGAGGGCGGCCCAAGGAUCUACUGACUGAGGGAUUCUGGACUGACAGGGGAGCUCCGCUUUCCUGGAAGCCGACUUUGCAAAGUCUCAAUACGGCCAAUCAGUGAGACAGAUAGAGCUUUCCCCUAUGGGCACGUUCCUCGGGAGCUGACGCACAGUCGCCAGAGCCAAUCAGAAGCUGAAGGUACCAGCUUUGGACACAGCACAUGAAGUGUACUCAGUAAAUCUUUGAAAUGACCUGAACUCAAUCCAGGUGGGAACUACAAGGCUGGACUCUGCUGAGGGCUCACAAGUUACGUUUCCAGCCCAGGCUUCUCUCCUAAGCUCUAAUCUCCUAUGUUCUCCUGCACAUCUCUCCCCGAAUGACCCACAGGCUUUUAAUGCACCCCAAAUUGGACUCAUCUUUCCUUAAGCCAGGUUGUCUUCCAGGUUUCCCAUCCAGAGGUGUGAGGAUUCCCAUCUGCAGUCAUGGCAGCUGGUACUCAAGGCCUGGGUGUCUUAGUUUGUUUGGGUUGCUAUAACCAACUACCAUAAACUGGGUGGCUUAUAAACAAUAGAAAUUUAUUUCUCACAGUUCUAGAAGCUAGAAAGUCCAAGAUCAAAGGACCAGCAGAUUCCAUGUCUGAUGAGGGCUCAUUCUCUGAUUCAUAGACAAUGCCUUCUUGCUGUGUCCUCACAUGGCUGAAAGGCAGGGAAGGGAGAUCACUGUGGUUGCUUCUAUAAGGGCACUAAUCCCAUUCAUGAGGGCCCCACCCUCAUGACCUAAUCACCUCCCAAAGGCCCCACCUUCAAAUACCAUCACACUGGCAAUUAGGCUUCAACAUAUGAAUAUGGGGGGUGGGGGGAUACAAGUAUUCAUUCUAUCUCAUUGAGCAAGGAGAGCAUCACAUGACUGUGCGUAGUUCUAACCUCCCUCCAAGGCACAAUUACUGGCCUACACUCAUGGUUUCUUGUGAAACAGUUCUCCUUCCCUUCUCUAAUCUCUCAGAUCACAAUUUAGGCUACUCUCUGCCUGUUCCUCUAAAUGGUCACUGUUUGAACUACUUCCUGAUUCUGGUGAGUUUACAUCUCCUCCUCCUCCCUUCUCCUGGCUUUGUCUCCUCUGGGGGCUGUGAGCUCCACUGGCCAGAGUAUGAAAUACCUCAAGGACCAAGUACAAGGUCUUCUCCAGCAUGAAGCAUCCUUCAUCUUCGUGCUACCCUGGGAUGAAUAUGGAACUCCUUCCUCUGGGAUCCCACAGGUGGGCCAAGAGAAUAAGUAGCCUGACCCUUGGUUUGGUCCAGGAACAAGGGUACAUUGGGAGGUGUUGAGCGGCAACUCUAGAUUGUACACACAAGAUGUCAGUAGCUCCCCAGCCCAGUUUUGACAACUAAGGACUCCAGACACUGCCAGAUAUCUAUCAGGGUGCAAAAAAGCACCCAAUUGAGAAACAGUGACUUAGAGCCUUCCUCCUCUGUGUUCACAUAGAUACUUGAACAAAAUGAACUUUGUCUUGUUCUUCUUUUCAAGGUCAACCACGAAACCACUAUAUUGCCCAAUUUCAAACAAUUUAGUGCAUUUCAGUGUCUUCUUAUCACAUUUAUGAAGAAGGUCUUGAGGAAUCCCUAGGUUCUUUCUAAUUUCUUUGUUUUCCAAACUUUUCCUGCAUGCCUACUAUAUGCCACAUUGAUACAGGGAAUUAAGAAGAAAUUAUUUAGGCCCAGAACAAGGGCAUGGGAGUCCUUGGUAAGGCUUUUCUUUCUAAUGAAAAGCAGACCCAAAUUAUUGUCUAACAAAGAGCAGCCUGCAAGCUGGGAGCUUGCAUGGGUGAAUGCCGCCAGGAACUAAGGACUAGACAUUUUAAAGAUGGCAGCUCCAUCUUCCCUUCUCUGCCAGCCACGUGUGCUGUAAGGAGCAGACAAGACUGCAAAAUCACCUGGAAAGCCUAUUUGCAUAAGAAGAUUAGGGUGGGAUGACAAGCCUUCCUUGUGCACCAUGUAAAUGUCACAUCUGAUCGAGGCCAAGGGCAGUGGCUCCUGCCUGUAAUGCCAGCACUUUGGGAGGCCAAGGUAAGAGGAUCAUUUGAGGCCAGGAUUCGAAACCAGCCUGGCCAACAUAGUGAAAGCCUGUCUCUACUAAAAACACAAAAAUUAGCGGUGGGUAGUGGUAGGCACCUGUAUCCCAGCUACUUAGGAGGGUGAGGCAGGUGAAUCACUUCAGCUCUGGAGGCUGAGGCUGCAGUAAGCUGAGAUCGCACCACGCACUCCAGUCUGGGAGACAGAGCAAGACUCCGUCUCAAAAAAAAAACAGACAAAAAACCAAAAAAAGUCAUACUUGAUGGAACCAAUCUAUGAGCCCUAUGUCAAUCAGACACCGCCUCCUCAAACCAGACUAUAACAUUUGCAAAUUCACCACCAGGUGGCCUUUUUUUCCAUUCCAAGACCCGUUCCUCUAUAGAGGAAGCAGUUUCUCUGUCUCUUCUCUUCUUCCUGCUAAACCUCCGUUCCUAAACUCCUCGUGUGUUUCCGUGUCCUAAAUUUUCCUAGCAUGUGCCAGUGGAACCCCAGGUUUAUACCCCAGGCAACCUAGCCUCUUCAACACCCCCAGGAGCAUCAAGAGGAAGAAGACACAGUGCCUGGCUCAUGUGAAGAGAUAAACUCAGGCACAUGAAAAUUGUAAAGAGUUUAUCUGAGCUGACAUUCAAGAAUCUGAAAUCCAGAAGUGCCAGACCAUCCAGUGGUCACACAAGGAAAACUUUUAUAAGAAAGAUGUCCCUGAAAUCAAAACAAAGAAAAUAAUUUCAUUUGGUGAAAGGGGAACAGUAGCCUUAAAGUUUUUAAUUAGAGGUCAACUGGUGGUUUCUGAUUGGUAGUCUCUACUUAGAGGUUUUUCUAAGUAAGUCUCUACUUAGAGUCGGCCGUUUCCGAUUGGUUAAAGCCUGAGUUUCAUUUUUCUAGGAUAUGACCAUUCACUUUGAGUUGGGUUUCAAUUUGCUUACCUGGAAACAAAGGGUCUGGAACCAUCUCAGCCUAAUGGCUUCUCAAUUAGUUAUUUUAGCAAUUGGGAGAGCUCAAGUUCAUGGGGUUAGAGUUUGGGAAAGGGACAGAAAUAGGUAACUUACUAAAACACAGUAUGAUAAGGUUCCUAUAAGGAUGGCAAACAAUAUGAAUUAUGAAGAUAAUUAUAGGGGGACCCAAGAGGAAGAGCUUUCAGGGAUGCAAAAGAAGUUAGAAAAGGCUGCUCAGAGGAAACUCCUUUCUAACUGUGCCUUGAAGGAAAAGCCAGAAACAGCCAAGCAGGGAAGAGAGGAAAGCAGUAUAAGUACUGGUAAUAUCAAUUACAAAGCAAGGAGGCAGAAGAAGCCCUGGCAGAUGU